AUGGCUUCCCAUGAACUGUGCAACCGGGCUGUUCCGUGCCGGGCCGGGCUGUUCCGGGCCGGGCCGUUCCGGGCCGUUCUGUGCCGAGGAUGGCGGAGGCAGCACGGCCGCGCUGUGCCCUGCCUGGGGCAGCGUUCCGGGGCGCUGCUCCAGGAGUGUCUGCAGGAGGAGCGGCUCUUCCAGGACCGCUCCUUCCCCGCCGGCCCCACCACCCUCGGCUGCCGGGAGCUGGGGCCCCGCUCGCACAAGACACAGGGCAUCGUCUGGCGCACACCCACGGUAGGGCGGCGGGGGAAGGGGGGGAUCCCCGGUAGCAUCUUUCCACAGUAUCGCCCGGCUUCCUCCUUCCCUCAUCCCCUAAAUUUGGGUGGAUUGGAUCGUGCGGGGGCGGCGGGUCGGGGCUCCCCUCCUGCAGAAUCGCGCCCGUCUGGUGCAGCUGCGGAUGCUCAGGGCGCCGGAGGCUCCGCUUUGCUCCGGGGACAGCCUGGCAGCGUGACUUGCUCUGCCUGGAAAACAAACAAGUCAGAAAAGGCAUUUUCAUCUCCGUCCAGAACUCUCCGUGUGGACAAAUCGCUUUGGGUAGCGCUUGGGGCUGUCUAUUCCGAUAACUCUUUCCUCCAGCAGAGCCAUGAGUUGACCACCGUGCGGUUUGUUCCCGAAGCAGCCCCGCCAGCCAUGGCAGCCAUGGGGUCAGGGGGACUCCGAGGUGCCUCCAGGCACUUCUGAAAGACCUCGGUGUAGUCAGUGGUGGGGAGGUAGUGGCAGAGGAGUGUGUGCACAUGUGUUAAAAUGCAGUGUACCUCCUGGCACGGCCUGUGAAGUGAGCUGGCUUUGGUCACCAGCUCCCGUUCUCACUGUGCUUGGUCUGUCAGGUGCCCGCACCCGCUCCUGCCCUGCUCCGUCUCUAUGGUGUUCAUCUGCUGUGGUCAAUAGUUUGGUUAAUUUGCUGUAAGUGUGGCCUUGUUCCCUGCCUCACCUGCGGCUACGCGUAAUGCAAGGCCUGCUUUGUUCCCCGGAGCUGUGUCCCAACCCCCAGUUCACAGCCAGUGGAGCCACUCGCAUGGACAUCUGCCAAGGGGCCCUAGGUAAGGUG